CGUCCUGGUGGCUGAGGCUCAUGGGAGAUAUGCAGAUGCGCCCAGAGCACCAUGGGAAGUUGGCCCUUUAUAUUCCGGGGCAGGGGGUGGGUGUUUCUUUCCCCGGCGCCCGCCUGCUCCCCGGAGGACAGGGCAAUUGCACAAGCUGAAGAAACUUCUGGAAGUUCAGUCUUCCCAGCCCCAGCAGGUCCCCGUGGAAUCAGGACCGGUUCCUCCCGCUCCCGACGGACUCCCCUGCAAGAAACACCUUCCUCCGCCUCUCCCUCCUGACCCUCCUCCCCCGCCCCCGAGGCCGGACCCCCUGCAGUCCCCACGGUGCCUGCCAGUCCGCUCUUGCGUCCACGCGGUCGGUCGAGCGGGGGCGGGCAGCGACAUGUGUCCCCCGGUCAGCGCGCGGCACGCGGGGGAGGGCAUGUCCUGCCUGCACGCGUCCUGGCUGUACCAGCUGCAGCACGGCAGCCACCUGAGGCUGUGCUUCGCUUGCUUCAAGACCGCCUUUCUGGACCUGAGGGACUUGCUGGAGUCGGACAUCUGGGAGGAUGAAGACUGGGACUUUGACCUGAUGGACCUCGCCGAGGCGGAACCUCUGCAGGGGGCGUCCCCGGGGUCCGACUGGGGGCAGGGCCAGGGGCAGCCUGCGCAGGGGCCGUCUGCGGCGUGGGGGUCGGGCAGCCUGGCGUCGGCCCCUGAGGAGUCAGAAGAGGUGGGGCUGGACUACCACUUUGUGCCCACCGAGCUGGAGCCUCAGGAUGUGACCCCCCUGUGCCUGGGUCCUGAGGAUGCUGACUGGACCCAGGGCCUUCCCUGGAGAUUCGGGGGGCUCCCUACCUGCUUGCACUGGCCAUCGCCCCCUCUUCUGUGGCAGAGAUUUCUCAGCCUGGACCUGCACCCCGGGGAGCCCAUGGUGUUGGAGCUGGGCACCACCCGGGCCGUGGACCCCACUGAGGCCAAGGCCUGGUUAGGGGACCUGCAAGUGGUGUCCAUGGUGGGCUGCCACGAUGCUGUCUACUUCCGGAAGAUGACGCCGGCGUGGGCCAUGCAGGCCUCGGAGGGGUGCUGGGAGCUGCUGCUGGAGCCGGGCGAGGUGUGGGCGGUGAGGCUCCAAGAUGCAGCCCCCGGGCAGGACUUGCACAGGUGGAAGCUGAGCGUUCUGGAAUCCUGUUCCCCAGGGCAGAGUGAAGAGCUGGUCCCUGCAGACGCAGCCCUGCUUAAGAUGGGGUUCACGAUCCUCUCUUACUCACCCUGGACCAAAAGGGAGGUCCAGGAGGGGGAGCCAGCGUCUGGGUCUCUGUCCUCCACCCAAGAAAGGGAUCCCAGCACCGCUGAGACCCGGAGCAGUGGGUCCAGAGGGCCUGGGGAGAGCCUCGGGCCUGGGGGAGCUGCCCUAUUUCCAGCGUCUCAGCCCAGGGCCCCAGGGCUGAGGGACUGAGGCCCAAGUGUUCACAUUGUUCUGGCGGCCCCCAGACGCCUGAGACUGGGAAGGACUGGCAGCUGCCCCUUCAUGAUGGCCAGGGGAGCAUUUUGGCAAAGGAUGGGGACUUGUGGGUGUGGAGGAAGAAUGGGGAGUGUCCUGGGGACUGAGAAGUGGGACCUGCGGCGGCCUCAGGGAAGGCACCCAAAUGCCUGUAACUGGGAGAGAAGUGCUUCUGUGUCAAAUGUCACGGAGUUAGGAAUGUGACGCUCUCCAGGAGGUGCCUCAUGAGCGGUUGCUGUGCAGCGUGUGAAGUGGCAGCAGGACACGGACCUGUGCAGCGGCCUGCCCUGUCCGUGGGGAGGGACGUCUCAAGUGUGACACUGAGUCCCUGGAUCACCCCAGAGUCUGGCAGCCACCGGGAAAUGUGCUUGCCUUUGCCUGGAUGGUCUCUGCGGCUCCCCAGGACCCUGUCAGCGGGGACUGCGGUGUGCGGUGGGGUUCUAUGCAGUUUGUUCAGUCCGUGUUUCUUUGUAUGUUACUUAGUUAAAUGAAGCUAUAAGAAUUUUGCACUAAGCCCCUGUGCUAGUCAUCCCUCAGCUCGUCCUAGUUGAUUGGCCUUGUCAUCUCAGUGUGCAGGUUUAGCCACCUGACAGAUUUCAAUCCCUUGUGAGCAGGGGAAAGAAGGUGGGAGUAGCACAGGACAGUGACGGUUCUGGUCAGUUUUUUGGCUGGGAGUUUGUUUCACAGGUAUUCAUUUCAAUUUGUAAAAUACGUUCACAUGCUUUAAAUAAAGACGGGCCAUGUUUUGAAUAAU